AUGUUUUAUUCAGGUAUUCUGACAGAGCCGAGUAGAAAAGAAGUGGAGAUAAGGGAAGCUGCAUCUCUCCGCCAGCAGAGGAGGAUGAAGCAGGCGGUUCAGUUUAUUCACAAGGAUUCUGCAGAUCUCCUUCCUCUGGAUGGGCUGAAGAAACUGGGAACUUCGAAAGAUACUCAACCACACAAUAUCCUGCAGAGACGCUUAAUGGAGACAAAUUUAUCAAAACUGCGAAGCAGCCGGGGCAGCUGGUCUCUGAAGAGUGACAUCUCAGCACAGACCAAUAAGCUGAAUCAAACCAAACUGGGCAGCUCAAGGAAAGUGGAGGAUGAGGAGUUCAUAGUGGUGAGCUGCCAGUGCGCUGGGAAGGAGCUGAAGGCUGUGGUGGACACCGGCUCGCAGCACAACCUGAUGUCAUCCGCCUGCCUGGACAGGCUGGGGUUAAAGGAGCAUCUUGAAGCACUUCCCAGUGAGGAGGAGGCAAUUUCAUUACCACACAACAAGAGGGUCAUUGGCCAAAUUGACCAUCUGGUCCUGACAGUGGGAGCGGUCCGCGUGGAGUGCGCUGCGCUUGUUGUGGAAGACAAUGAGAAAUCCUUCUCCUUUGGCCUGCAGACACUGAAAUCCCUGAAGUGUGUCAUAAACAUGGAGAAGCACCAUCUUGUUCUGGGGAAGAUGGACAGGGAAGAAAUCCCAUUUGUGGACAGCAUCAGCGCUGGGAUGGGAGAGCACACUUUGGAGGCAUAAAGAGAAAUUGAAAUGCUGUCCCUACACAAGAGCUUGACAUCAAAGAAAUUCCGUGCAGCUGUUCCAGAUGAAACAGCAAUGCACUG